AUGGCCGACCCGCUAAGUGUCUCCGCGAGCAUCGCGGGACUCGUCACUUUGGUUGACAUAGUUUACCUCCGGUUGACAAAGUACAUCAAGUCUGUCAAAAAUGCAGAGAAAGAGAUAGCAGAUCUUUGCAAAGAGGUUAAUAUGCUGGGAGGCGCCGUCAGCAUGCUGUCUAGACUGGCAAGAGGCUUCGAGACCGAAAAUGAGCCUCCGAUCGUAUCAUUUCGGAUGCACCACAUUGAGGGUUGCUCCAGGAUCCUUACUGAGAUUUCCAACAAGAUGAAGAAGCUUGAGGAGGGCCCUAGAAGCAAGAUCAAAAGGCUGAUAUGGCCUUUCACAUCCGCAACAACGAAGGAGAUGAUUGCCGAACUUUCUCGCCACAAACAAAACGUCAAUCUGGCCUUGUCGGCCCAGUCAAUGGAUAUUUUGCUCCGCUGCCUUGCCAAGGAGGAAGACCGACAACGAAGUAUUGCCGAAGUUAUGGCUGACGUCCAGAAAACACGAGAGAUUGUAGUACGAAUCAGUGUGGAUUCUAGACGUCAGAAAAUCCUGGAUUUUUUCCUCGGUUACAAUCCACAGCCCAACUUCGAAAUGAGCAUCAAACUACGGCACCCAAGGACUGGCUUAUGGCUUGAAGCUCUACCCUCGUUCCAGAAUUGGCUCCUGAAUCCCGGCUCCAGGAUGUGGUUGACUGGUAUUCCUGGCGCCGGUAAGACAGUGCUUGCAGGCUCUAUAAUUGAAAAUGCCCUUGCGCGAAGCUCGGAAACUGUUGCCACAGGCUUUUUCUUUUGCGAUUACAAGAACCAGAAAACGCAGAAUACAGUUAACGUACUAGCAGGCUUGGCUCAUCAGCUUGCCAGGCAGAAUGGAAAGGCUUUUGUGGCCCUAGAAGAGUACUACACUGAAUUACACCCAGAAAAAGGCCUGCCUCGUACUCCAUCUCCAGAAGACCUGGAACGAAUCAUUGUGAGAAUGGCGGAUAUUUCUGACCAGACUUACCUGGUGAUUGACGGUCUAGAUGAAUGUGGGGACAAUGUCGAGCAGAUUCUUUCGGCUUUGUGCAGCAUUGCAGAAAACUCAGAGAGGAUCUCGAUGUUGAUAUUGAGCCGCGAUGAACAAAACAUUCGAGAGCGCCUGAUAGAACCAGAUGGGAGUUUCUUCAAUUUGAAGAUCGCGGCUCACACUGAAGAUAUCACUGAGUAUGUCACAGCAGAGAUUGAGAAGCGAAUCGGCAACAAAAAACUCCAUUUUGAAGACAUCUCUCUCAAAGCGGAAAUUUUGGAAGGUCUAGUCAGCGGAGCAAAUGGAAUGUUCCGCUGGGUUUCUUGUCAACUAGAUCAUCUGGCAGACUGCAUGUCAGACGACGAAUGCCGAGAAGCCUUACGAAGUCUGCCACCCGAUCUCCCAGAGACAUAUCUUCGCAUCUUAAAGCGAGUCCCUAAGGCACAACAACACCAUGUUCAGCUGACUCUUAAUUUUAUCGCCUUUGCUGAGCCGCGGCUUACUGUUGCGCAACUGAGAGAGAUUUUGUCCCUGCCAUCAAAUGGGACUUUUCUGAGAGCAUCUGGACUUAUCCGAGAAGAUGCAAUUUCUCGACACUGCAGCAGUCUAGUUCGAACUUCUAACGACGGAGACUACUUGGAGUUUGCUCACUUUUCGGUUCAGGAGUUUCUCAUCAGCGACGAUCUAGAAACAUGCGAAUUUGGGAUGUUCAACAUCUCCAAACGCCGAUGCAACAGGAUUCUUGCUCAGCGCUGCGCAGAAUAUCUUAUGCUAAGCAAUUUCAACCACAUGCCAACCGCCACGGAAGAACAGUUUUUUUACAUCAACGAGCGCUCCCUGGCCAAUCCUCUCUAUGACUAUGCUGCAAUAAACUGGCUGCGUCAUGCCAGGGAGCAAUGGGACGAUCCCGGCUUACUGAACACGGCAAAACGUCUAUUCAGUCCAGUGAAAACGGCGCAAUUUACCACAUGGGCAGUCACUUUAGUACUGCAUUUGCGUAGUGGGCGCUACAAUUUACCAGAAAAGUACACGCUUAUAACAGAAAUGGCGGACCACAGCAUGACAACGCUUCACUUCGCCGCCACGUUAUCUCUGCCCGAAAUCACAUCAUUUCUUCUCCAAGAAUCUGGCCUUGAAAAGCGUAAAUGUACAUUGGGCAGCCCGUUGCAGUGUGCGAUCAAUUGCCUAUAUGGGUCCCUGCGGCUUAGAGAGGAUAAUGAGCUCUGGGAGGUUCCAAGAUAUGCUCGAACAUAUAUUGGGACGCCUAUAUCUCCUAACCAUUUUACCCUUCAGACAAUUCGAAUCAUUCUGAACCACGGAACUGAAUGUUCUGAAAGCGCUAUAAUGGACGCGAUCAAUACAUGGAUCCAGAGAAGUGACUUUUCAGUCCUUCACCUGCUUAUUGCUGGAGGAAUUGAUAUUAAACAACAAGACUUGGACGCCCUUUCUGUAGCGAUGGACGAAGACUUGGAAUUCUUGCUAUGGAAACACAAUCCAGAGUACAUUUGGACUCUUGGUUGGCUAUGUGAACAUUUGAGUUCUAGGAUUGACGAAUUGAGUAUCCUUUUGGAUUUUUGUUGA